AUGGCGUCUUCUCACCAGAGACCUCUCAGCGGAGAUGACGGGGCCGUCGCGUCCCACAGAACCGACGCGACGGAAACGACGCCGUUGCUGGCCGUCGGCGACAUCGCCCCGACCGCUGACCCGGACGUGUCCAAGGCGACGACCCUCAACGAGCCCGACCGGCAGGAUGACGACCCGGAGGACAAGCCGCUGCCGGGCUGGCAGAUCUUCCUGCUGUGCUACGCCCGGCUGGUCGAGCCCAUGGCCUUCUUCUCCAUCUUCCCGUACAUCAACCAAAUGGUCCAGGAGAACGGCAACCUCCCCAUCCCGGACGUUGGCUUCUACAGCGGUCUCAUCGAGUCGCUCUUCUCCCUGACCCAGGCCAUCGUCAUGAUUUACUGGGGCAAGCUGUCGGACCGCGUCGGCCGCAAGCCCGUCCUCGUCUUCUCUCUCGUCGGCGUCACCUUCGCCACCUCCAUCUUCGGCAUGGCCCAGACCAUCUGGCAGAUGGUUCUCUUCCGCUGCCUCGCCGGCGUCUUUGGCGGCACCAUCGUCACCAUGCGCACCAUGAUCGCCGAGCACAGCACCCCGAAGACCCAGGCCAGGGCCUUCAGCUGGUUUGCCUUCAGCGGCAACCUCGGCCUCUUCCUAGGACCGCUCCUGGGCGGUGCGCUCGCCGACCCGGCGCACCAAUACCCAGGACUCUUCAAGGGCCAAUUCUUCCUCGACUACCCCUAUGCACUUCCGAGCUUUGUUGUCGGCUCCCUUGGCUUGACAUCCGCCCUGACCAGCUUCUUCUUCGUCGAGGAAACGCUCAAGAGGGAACGUCAUGACGAGAGUGACAACGGGUCGACGGCGCCCAAGAAGGACACCCCAUCCAUUGCGCAACUCGUCAAGUCCAAGGGCGUGGGCAAGGUUCUCUACGUCUAUGGCUAUAUCAUGCUCCUUGCCAUCGCCUACACCGCCAUCGUCCCCGUCUUUUGGUACACGCCCGUUGAGCUUGGCGGCUUCGGUUUCGUGUUCCUGCAAUUCUCAAUCAUGAUGGCGGUCAACGGCAUCUCUCAGGCCCUGUGGCUCUUGAUCGUCUUUCCGCCCUUGCAGCGCCGCAUCGGGACCAACGGCGUCCUGCGCGCCUGCGCCUACGCCUACCCCUUGUUCUUCCUCCUCUGCCCGCUCGGCAAUCUUUGUCUCAAGGCUGGCGUCGACGACCCCGGCCUGGUGACCUUAUUCUGGAUCAUUGCGCCCAUCGGUCUCGCCAUCGGCAGCGGAGUGAGCAUGAGCUUCACCGCCGUCCAACUGGCCCUCAACGAUGUGUCGCCCAGCCCGCAGGUCCUCGGGACGAUCAAUGCUCUGGCGCUGACCGGCACGAGCGUCAUCAGGUCCUUCUCGCCGGCCUUGUUCGCGAGUCUUUUUGCCGUUGGGGCGGGAACGCAGGUUCUCGGCGGCUACGCCAUUUGGGUUCUGAUGAUUGCCCUUGCGAUCGGGUUAAUCUUCGUUGUGAGACAGCUCCCUGACGAAGAGGACCUGGAGCAGCUAAGAGAGCAAGAGCAAGCCCAGCAAGAGCAGUAG